GGGGUAGUCAACUUAUGGUGUAAGUGGAAGAUCUAUAAGUGGAAGGGUGGAAAAACUCAAAAGAUGUCCUAGUUGUAACCUCUGUAGCAAUGUCAACCUUGGAAGGUUGAUGGGAAACCAGUCCCUGGUUUCUGUGGGAAAAAAGAAGUAUGCUGUUGAAGGAUGGCAAUGGCUUCUGCUCUGACGAACUGUUGGGCUAUUUCUCGUUCAUCUCAGCGUGGAUCCAAGAAUAAUAGUUCUGAUGGUUCCUUCAUGGUGCCAGCUCGGAACCACAAUCGGAUCAACAGAAAGCACCUCUUGCUCCGAGAAAAGGAUGCUUCAACUGGUUGGCAGAUCACCAAAGCUGCAACAGAAAAUUCCACCAAUGCUGUUCACACCCCAAUGAAGACUAAAUGGUGGGAAAAGAACAUGAAAUCCUGCAACAUGAAAAACAUUGAAUCACAAGACGAUUUUGACAAGCAGCUCCUGUUGGCCAGCGAUAAGCUCACCGUGGUGCACUUCUUUUCCCCUAGUUGUGGAGCUUGCAAGGCCCUACACCCUAAGGUAUGUCAAUUGGCUGGCAUGCAUCCGGAACUGCAGUUUCUUAUGGUCAACUCCAAUGAACAAAAGGAGAUGUGCCGCAGGCUCAAUGUUCAUGUAUUGCCAAUGUUCCGCUUUUACAGAGGUGCAGAAGGCCGUAUCUGUAGCUUCAGCUGUACAAUUUCAACUAUUUAUAAGAUCAAAGAUGCAUUGAAAAGGCAUGGGGUUCAGCUAGAGAAUCUUGGACCAGAUAAGGGCUUGGAGAAAUCAGAACUUCAGAACUCUGAUAUUGACGCUUCAUAUAACAUGGAUGGAGGUGUGGGUGCUGUCGUGCCCAACAAUGAAUAGGCAUCAAUUUUAUGAUGCAAAUUGCACAAUUUGGUGCUUUAUAAUUUGGAUGUAUGUUUAUAGAAGCCAAGAGUCUGAUUGUGGGUGUGAUAAUCUUGAAUAUUGGCGCCCAUAGAUGCUCAUAAAAAUCCUAUAUAUUAAAAGGAUAAGGCAAUGCGCCAGUGUGUCUCUAGUUUUGUAACAUUGAAGCAUUUUAAGCUUCUUGUAUUCCGCUUACUUUUUUCAUAAUAAAUCGUACUGGUGUGGAUUACUUUUUUCAUAAUAAAUCGUACUGGUGUGGAGUCAGUGCA